AGGGUAAAAUUUGUCAACAAGUAGGCCUAUGGUUGUCCAUUCUUUAUUAUUCCCUCUGAUUUUCCUCAUUCUCCCUUUUCAUGUAGGCUAAAUAAACCAUUAAAUUAUUCUGAAAAUUGUUUUUUAUGGGUAAUAAAAUAGUAACUACAAAUGCUUCAGUCAAACGCGGGAAAUAUACAAGGGCAGACACCUUUAAGGUACACACAUCCUUCUGAGUCUCAAUAAACAAACAGUUGUGAGUCGAGGAACGCUCUGGACCUGUAGACCUCCUACAUCUACAGCGCGCACACAUGGCUCUUGUUAAUGGGGCGGUAGCAGUCCACGUGAGUCAGUACUAGGGAUUGCCUCAGCGUUCCACGAGCCACCAGCACCACACAGUACUGUACUGGAAGGGCUGGCCCUAAGGGCUGAAGGAACAAGCCCUCUAGUUUAUUCUGGCACACAACAUCCCCGCCAGCCCAUCUCCCCUUCUCAGCAUGUCUGCUCUCAUGACGACUUCGAGGGAAAAUGAAGAACGUCUCUGACCACUUGUUUCCCAUCUGGCGAGGGGCCCGGGUGCCCCAGGCCUGGAGCUGGCGUCUCGGUGGGGCGAUAUGGGAGGCGGGGGGCCUGGAUGGCGGAGAGCGGGCCCCGGGGGGCUUUGACUGCCCCGUGUGGUGUGUGCUGUGCCGCGGGGGCCGGGAGUGGCUGCAGGACGCCUGCCAGAGGGGCCGCGGAGCCUUCCGGCUGCCCACCGCCAUGCUCAGCUUCAGGCUACCACAGCUCUUCGACAUGCACCAGGUGCCCAAGGUGUUCAGGGAAGAUGGCAUCAUCUCCGGCUACCGGCACCCCAGAAGCUCUGCCUUGGACUGCAUCCUCAGCAGCUUCCAGAUGACCAAUGAGACGGUCAAUAUCUGGACCCACUUCCUGCCAACGUGGUAUUUUCUGUGGCGCUUCAGCCUGCUGUGCUCCAUGCUGAGUUUCCUGACGGACAGCUACACGUGGCCGCUGCUGGUCUACAUGGUGGUCAUCUGCCUGUAUCCCUUCACCUCCAGCUGUGCCCACACCUUCAGCACCAUGUCCCCCGAGGCCUGCCACAUAUGCUACUUCUUCGACUACGGGGCCCUCAGCCUCUACAGCCUGGGUUGUGCCAUUGCUUAUGCAUCCUACGUGAUGCCAGAGCCGUGGGUGAACAGCUGGCUGCAUCAGCAUUUCAUCCCCAUCGCCAUCGGCAACUCCCUCUUCUGCACCAGCAUGUCAUGCUACUCCAGGUUCCUCGAGGUGCCCUUCCCACACAGAAGUAAAAUCCUGCGCCUGUGGGCUUUUGUGUUUCCAUUCCUCUUUGACAACAUUCCUUUGUUCUACAGACUGUUGCUAUGUCUGGGGGGUGGCUGCAGGUAUACGGAGGCUGUUUCUAGUCACCUCUACCACCUCCUCUUUGCCUUCCUCACCUGCUUCCUCUUCGCCUCACACCUGCCAGAGAGGCUCGCACCCGGACGCUUCGACUACUUCGGCCACAGCCACCAGCUGUUCCACAUCUGCGCGGUGGUGGGCACCCACUUCCAGAUGGAGGCGGUGCUGGCCGACAUGGCGUCCCGGCGCGGGUGGCUGGUCUCCCAGGGGGCCAUGCCCUCCUUCCUGGGCACGGUGGGUGCCCUGGUCCUCAGCGUGCUGCUCAACGUGGGCAUCAUCGGCCUCUUCAGCGCCAGCCUGCUGCGGGCACCGCACCUCAGUACCCAAAGCUCCAGCAACGGCACCUCGGUCACCGCUGCAUCAACAUCAUCAACAUCAUCAUCAUCAGUCUCGCCCACAUCCUCCUCCUCUUCACCCGCCUCCUGCUGCUGCUGCCCAAACACAGGCAUCUCACCGUCUCCCUCUGCUGAGCUGAAGGAAGAGUAAAAGUGAGGCGGAGGAAGGAGA